AUGUCCACUACAACCUGGUUCACCCUACCGGGCUCUCCUGCUCUUUCCUCAUUCCGUAUCGCGGAACUCGCAAAAUCCAUAAACUCAAAACUCCCAUCUUCAACAUCUGUCCGUCUGGAAACGAUAUCUAGUCUCCAUGUCCACUACGUCCAAGUUACCAAUGCAAAUGCCCUUGCGACUUUGCAAAAUGUUCGUAGCAAGGAGCGCCAGAUACUCAACCAGUUGCUCCGUUAUGGCGACGAAGCCGAUGUUACUGAUCCGCCAACCCAAUUGUUGAAGGAUGCGAUUGAGAACCCGGAAUUUAACGUCAACGGUCUUGAGGACGUUCUCGUCUUGUUCGCGAGCCCAAGGCCGGGAACUAUUUCGCCAUGGUCAUCGAAGGCGACAAGUAUUGCGCAUGUGUGCGAUAUGGAGAAUCUAGUUACUCGUAUUGAAAGAGGUAUCGCAUUCGCACUGAAGUUUAGUGGCGAUGCGAGCAAGUUGGACGUUGGCUCAUUCAGCAGCAUACUUCAUGACCGAAUGACACAGACUCUCACUCCAACUAUGCCAAUAUCCUCACUUUCUCAUGCCUCUACUACUCCUGCUCCAGCGACUCAGAUUAAUCUUACCACUGCUCCAAACCCAGCUGAAACUCUCGAAACUGCCAACAAGACCUACGGUCUAGCCCUUGACGCCUCCGAGAAGUCCUAUCUCUUAAACGCUUUCUCGUCCAACGGUGCCUGCCCACGUGAUCCUUAUGACGUGGAACUCUUUAUGUUCGCUCAAGUCAACUCGGAACACUGUCGUCACAAACAAUUCAAUGCCUCGUGGACCAUCGAUGGAGUCGAUAAACCAAACUCUUUAUUCGGAAUGAUCAGGAACACCCACAAACUUAGCCCAAAUCAUACUAUCUCCGCAUACUCGGAUAACGCAGCUGUGUUGGAGGGUUCAAAGGCCACUUUCUGGGCUCCUGAUAAUAAGACUGGAGACUGGACUUUGACGGAUGAGACGGUGCAUUUCGUGGCAAAAGUUGAAACGCAUAACCACCCUACCGCUGUUUCCCCAUUCCCUGGGGCAGCUACUGGGUCUGGUGGUGAGAUUCGUGAUGAGGGCGCUGUCGGACGGGGAUCGAAGCCCAAGGCUGGUUUGGCCGGAUUCAACGUUUCUGAUCUUUUGAUUCCAGAUUAUAAACGACCAUGGGAAUUGGAUGUAGGAAAACCAUAUCAUAUCGCUUCUUCCUUGGAUAUCAUGCUGGAGGCUCCAAUCGGUAGCGCAGCAUUUAACAACGAGUUUGGAAGACCAUGCAUUACCGGGUACUUCAGAACUUUGACAACUAGUGUGCCAGUCCCCGUGACGGAAACAAAGGCAGAGGAAGUUAGAGGAUACCACAAGCCAAUCAUGAUCGCUGGUGGGUUGGGAACAAUCCGACCGCAACAUGCAUUGAAAGAGCAGGGUGCCAUCAACCCCGGCGCAUACUUAAUUGUACUUGGAGGACCAGCAAUGUUGAUUGGAUUGGGAGGUGGAGCCGCUUCAAGUGUGGCAUCUGGCGAGGGGUCUGUGGAAUUAGACUUUGCUUCAGUUCAAAGAGGAAACCCAGAAAUGCAGAGGAGGGCUCAAAUGGUUAUUGAUGCAUGUACAGCUUUGGGCGACCAUAACCCUAUUCGGUCUAUUCAUGACGUUGGAGCAGGUGGUUUGUCCAACGCACUCCCAGAGUUGGUCCACGAUGCAGGACUUGGAGCAAAAUUCGAGCUAAGGGAUGUCGAGAGCGCCGACAAGAGCAUGAGCCCGUUGCAAAUUUGGUGUUGUGAAGCCCAAGAACGAUACGUACUUGCCGUCGCAGAGGAAGGGUUGGAAGUUUUCGAAAAGAUGGCUCGAAGAGAAAGAUGUGGAUUCAGAGUUGUUGGAAGAGCUGUUGGCGGUAGUGAAGAGGAACAGAGAUUAGUCCUGACAGACAAAGAGUCGAAAGAACAUCCAGUGCCGAUUGACUUACCAAUGUCGACGCUUUUCGGAAAGCCACCAAAGAUGCAUAAGGAUGUUAAGACCAGGAAGCUACAACUGCCAACAUUCGAUUCUUCGCUAAAACAAUACAUCCCUAAGGCACCUGAGUCCACGCUACCAGAAGCUAUUGAGAGAGUACUCACCCUUCCAUCCGUUGGAUCGAAACAAUUCUUGAUCACAAUCGGAGACAGGAGUGUCACCGGUUUAGUGGUGCGAGACCAGAUGGUUGGUCCAUGGCAGACUCCUGUCGCAGACGUUGGAGUCACCGCAACCUCGCUUUCCUCGGAUGUUACAACAGGAGAAGCAAUGGCAAUGGGUGAACGUCCGAUAUUGGCGCUGGUUUCCCCAGCAUCAUCGGCUAGGAUGGCUGUCGCAGAAUCAUUGACGAACCUAGCUGCAGCCGAUAUCUUGGGAGGUCUCGAGCGUGUCCGCCUAUCCGCUAACUGGAUGGCCGCCGGUAGCCACCCAGGUGAGGGUGCUGCUUUAUAUGAAGCAGUUGAGGCCGUUGGUUUGGACCUGUGUCCCAAAUUGGGUGUUUCAAUCCCAGUUGGUAAAGACUCGAUGAGCAUGAAAAUGAAAUGGGGCAAGAGUGACGAGGUUACAGCUCCGAUCUCCCUUGUUGUCACAGCUUUCUGUGCAGUAGCCGACAUUAGGAAGACUUGGACUCCUGCCCUUGCUCGAGAUGAGAGCACACUCCUUUUGUUCGUUGAUCUUGCCCAGGGUGCUCGCGCCCUUGGAGGCAGUGCGCUGGCUCAAGUUUUCGGACAGGUCGGCUCUGAGGUUCCAGACGUUCGAGAUGUGCCAGUGUUGAAGGGAUUCUUCAAGGCCGUCCAAGAACUCCGAGAGUCAGGAAUCGUCCUUGCGUAUCACGACCGAAGUGAUGGCGGUCUCUUUACUACGCUUGCUGAAAUGGCUUUCGCAGGUCGGACGGGAUUGGAUAUCAGACUUGACAGCCUGAUCAGCGGCAAUUCUGAAUCUGAAGCCAUAGAAGCUCUCUUCAACGAGGAACUCGGUGCCGUCUUCCAAAUCAAGGAAGCAGAUCUCAAUGAAUUCGGCCGAAUCCUGAAUGCCCACGGCAUCCACACCUCCUCUAUCUUCACGGUAGCCAAACCCACAUUGGCAUCUCCCCAAUCCAUCAACAUCCAUUACAACAAAACCACCAUCUACUCCUCCACACGUUCCGAGCUCCAACUCCUUUGGGCCCGUACCUCUUUUGAGAUGCAAAAGAUCCGAGAUAACCCGUCAUGUGCGGACCAAGAAUACUCCUCUAUCAAAGAAGAUAACAACCCAGGCUUAUCGUACCAACUCACCUUUGACCCUACGGAAUCGGUGAUACCAGCGUCACUAACUUCCAAACCAAAGGUUGCUAUCUUACGUGAACAGGGUGUCAAUGGGCACGCUGAAAUGGCGUUUGCUUUCCUAAUGGCAGGGUUUACUCCGGUAGAUAUCCAUAUGACAGACCUCAUCUCCGGAGGUGUAUCACUUUCAUCGUUCACUGGUAUUGCUGCCUGCGGUGGUUUCUCAUACGGUGACGUACUUGGUGCUGGAGCUGGAUGGGCGAAAUCAGUGCUACUGCACCCACAAACUCGAAAGGGAUUUGCAGACUUCUUUGAAAGGAAGGAUACUUUCACUCUUGGUGUUUGCAAUGGAUGUCAGUUCCUGAGUCACUUAAAGGAAAUAAUUCCAGGUGCUAAGGGUGUUUGGCCAAACUUCGAAAGGAAUGAAAGUGAGCAGUACGAAGCUAGAGUCUGCAUGGUCGAAGUUGUAGAGGAGAAGAGCAUUUUCUUCCAAAGUAUGAAGGGAACAAAGAUGCCAAUAGUUACAGCACACGGAGAGGGACGAGCAGUUUUCAAGGAUGGAGCUAGUGUUACUGGUUUGGAAGAGAAGGGAUACGUGAGUUUGAGGUACGUGGAUAAUGAGGGUAAGGUUACAGAGAAGUACCCUGAAAAUCCAAACGGAAGUCCGAAGGGUGUUACAGGUGUAAGGAGCGAGGAUGGCAGGGUAUUGGCAAUGAUGCCACAUCCAGAGCGAACGGUACUCUUACAGGCGCACAGCUGGUUGAGUGAAGACGCCAAAACCUGGGGACAUCUUGGGCCGUGGGUUAGAAUGUUUAGAAAUGCAAGGAAGUGGGUCGGUUAA